AUGCGUCUCUUUACACACCUACUUCUCCUGAAAGUAGCCCUUGGCCAACUUAUUGGACCAGUAGGGCCUACCACGGAUCUGGAAGAAAAGACAAUCGAAUGCAACAUUCUCAAUUACGGCGCAAUUGCAGACAACUCGACAGAUAUAUCAAACUCUGUCGAGGACACAUUCACAGAAUGCGUCACCAAGCAUCCUGUUCUUAGUAACGGAACAAACUGGGCCCUCCAGUUGGAUGGAUUGAUAACUGCUGCGUAUGGCGGUGAUUGGUCCGUUGAACGUGAGUUAAUUUUGCAGGGAUCGGCUGGUGUUGAAUUGAUCAAUUCCACCAUUAAUGGAGAAGGUGACCAACGAUUUCUGCUAGAUGUUUUGGUAAUUGUCAAUGCUGUUGAUUUUGAAUUUUAUUCCUCUACUGGGCUCGGAGCCAUUCAAGGGCAAGGUUAUCUUUACAGAAAUGCCAAUAACACAGAGCGCCCGCGACUUGUCAGAUUGAUUUCGCCAAUCAACGCAACUGUACAUGACUUGAUCUUGGUUGACAGCCCGAAAUUCCAUAUUAUACUCGACUUUGCACUGAACGUGGAGGUUUACCAUCUCACUAUACGGGGUGCAAAUCUCGGAAGCUAUGAUGGAAUCGACGCCAUUGGAACGAAUUACUACAUCCAUGACAAUGAAGUGACAAACCGGGACGAAUGCGUUUCGAUCAAAAGCCCAUCACACCAUGCGCUGGUCGAAAAUCUGGUCUGCAACCAGGCUGGCUCGGGUAUCUCAAUCGGAAGUCUGAACGUCUCUGCUGAGAUAUCCAACAUAGAAGCCAGAAACAUAAGCAUUAUCCAAGGAAACAAUAUUGCCUUCAUCAAGACAUACCCCGGUGGAUCAGGAUAUGUGACAAAUAUCACGUUCUCCAACUUUCGUUCUCUCGGUAGUCUUUAUGGCUUGGAUAUUAACCAAUAUUGGCAAAACACCUUCCAGCCAGAUACUGGUGCUGUGGCUUUAAGCAACCUCGUAUUCCGCAAUUUCUCCGGCUCGGUCGCCGAUGGAUCAAAACGGCCCCCGUUAUAUCUCAUCGCAAAUGACCUGACAUUUGCCCUUAACGUCACUGUCGAAGACUUCACCAUAUGGACAGAAUCGGGAACUCAGAUCGUCAACAAGAUUAACAAUGUUUUUGGAAUUGGCGAUGACAGCUACGGCGCCAACAAUGGUAUCAAAAGUUUAUCGGGGACAGAGUCGCCAUCUACGUACACGAGCAGCUAUACAGUGACUGCAACGCCGACUAAUUGGGAAGCCCCAACCACCCCAUCGUGGGCUGCGCCGAGCACUGGAUAUGGUACCUCUACUCCGAUCCCGGUUUAUCAGCCUGCUCCUCUUUGGCGUCCAGGUGGAAUCGACUACGACCUGCAUUACUGGGGAACAUUUUGA